UACUUUUCAAAUGUCACUUGUCAAUUAAAAACCUAAACAAACAAACAUUUUUAUUUGAAAGUAUUUUAUAAUAAUAAUGAGCAUACCACCACAAGACACAUCUCCGAGAUUUUAAUAAGAUAUCAAAAAUGACUGAAAAUUCCUCUCCGUCUCUUAGUCAAUACUUCGCAACAAACGAAACCAAAAAGGACCAAACAGAUUUCGCUAAAGUACUCACAGAAACGGCAGGUCAGAUCAACAGCUUAAAAAUCGACGACAAUCAUAAAAGUGAUACGAAAAACGAGCCAGAAGUAUGUAAAAUAUUUUCUGAACCAGCACCCCAACCGAGAGAUCCCACAGCAGCAUUUUUUGAUUUGAUAGGAAACUCCUCGAAUACGGGGGCAAAUGGAAUCAUAUCCGAUCUGGGCCUCUCCUCGAACAGCGAAGAGUCUUAUAGCAGUUCUAGGUUAGUAGUAGGUUCCGAAGCAGACAGACGGAGAGACGCUUGGAUCCCCAGCGAAAAGACAAGGCAGUGCCUUAUUGCGUGUGCCACUGCCAUACCCGGGACCUAUUUUCCCAAUAGGGAAAUGCUCACAAUGCCUGGAGUCGUACUUGAGGAAGAACUGGGUGAUGCCGUAGGAGAAGCAGUAACAAGCUGUCUUGGAGAAGCCGAGGCCGCUCAAAGAAGAGUCCUAAGUGCAGGAGAUGUAACUCAAGAUGAAAGAGGUCUUAGGGAGUUGGUGCAGGCUGGAGCUUACAGGGCUGCCAUCAACCUAACAGCUAGGCUGUUAACCAUAUAUGGUCAAGGUAGAGGAAGAGCGGGGCAUCCCAGCAAACACUCCCCACACUCUCUGCAGCUUUGGUUUACUCGUAUUGCCCUUCUAGUCAAGAGUAAAUUAUUCAAUAUUGCUAGUGCUGAGGCAGAGCCCUUUGGCCAAAUCGAUAGGCCUGAUUUAUACUACCAGUUUUAUCCCGAAAUGUACGGCGGUCGUUCGGGGUCUAUCGCAUCUUUCUCAUUUCGGCUUCUGCUCUCUGAGUUGCCCAUGCAUUGCGGAAAACCUAAGGAAUCUAUCACGAAACUGUUCAGCAUGCUGGCGACUGUUCGCCAGAUAUUGAAGAAUUUGAAAAAUGGGUUGUGUGAAGACGGAAACCCCAUGGAACUAAGCGAUUCGGAUCGGAGUGAUUCUUUACGUUUGUGGAGUGGAAGAGAGACCAGGAUCAUGCACUCAAUCAUCAAUUGCGGCUUGGUCAUUAAAGAUUAUGAAUUGGCAAUGGAUUUGUUAGGUCAGCUGUGUGAAAGCCUAGAGUUGCCAGAUGUUCCAGAUGACCUACAAACUAUUGACGAAAUAAAGAUUAGUAGCGAAGUAAAAUUUUUAGGAACUUACUUGGAUGAAAGCUUAUCAUGGGAUCUGCAAAUAAAAGAUGUCUGCAACAAAUUAAACAAGACAUUCUUUGCUUUAAGGCAAAUGAAAUCAUGCAUGGACACAGCAGGUCUACUAGAAAUCUAUUUUGCUAUGGCAUAUUCACAUAUAUCCCUCAAUAUCAUAGCAUGGGGUUGCAGUAAUGAAUUCAUCAGAGUAUUCGUAGCACAAAAGCGCAUUAUCCUAAACAACAUGGGGGUGUGCCUCCUGUACGGGGGACAUUUGAAAGAAGCCAUUCAGGUGCUCGAAUCAGCCAUCGCCUCCAAUCCUGUGCAUGCCCUCCACGAGUCGCUCCUGUUGAAUUUGUGCACCCUGUACGACAUGGAGUCUUCUAAAGGCCGCAUGAAAAAAUUCGCACUCCUGAAGCAGAUUUCUCGGUAUCAAGCAGAUGCGCCCACCACCAUAUUGGAGAAGUUGUACGGAUGAAGAUCUUCGGUGAAGGUGAGUUCGUCUGGAUGUGAACCGAUACUGUGAUGCUUUUUAUGUUUGUGUGCCUCCUCUGGUUUCUUAUCGAUUCGAAGCUGUUUGUAGUUUUCAACAAUUUUAGGACUAAAAAUGGAAAAGGCAGUUUUCAGUCACGAGUCUGAAUAAAUGAAAUAUCGUUGAUAAAGCUUUCACAUCAAAUUUAACUACUUA